AUGAUCACCUCGUGCAUGAAAGAGCGUCUGCCAGAAAUAGAAGCCUGGCGUAAGCGUAAACAGACUGCUGAGAGUAUCGAAGGAGAAGCGGAGAAGGAGGAAGAAGAGGAAGGAGGUGAUGACGAUAACUCGAGGCGCAACGGUCAUCUGAGGCUAGGUAACGGACUGUCAGCAGCCGAGGAGUUAGUCUCCCUGAAACUCGCCCUGACGAGGUUACAAGCUGCAUCACUUAUGGGUAAGUCGGACGUUUUUGAGCGAAGCAAACUCUGUACACUUUGUUUACGCAUGGUCUAA